UGCCUGAGCUCCUACAUGCACGGCAGGCACGAACAUUCUUGCCAAUGGCCACCACCACCAUGACGCCUGAUAACAGUCCCAGGUCGCCGCCUCUCAAUGGCGGGGACCACGACGACGACGACCACCGGAACUCUAUCAUUCGACGGUCAUGGCAUGCAAUGUCAGACUUGUUAUAUCCUUUCUCGCCUUCUGCACUUGCUUCGCUUCCAAAGAGGACAUUUCGACGAAGGGCACGAUAUACCCGUGCUGAUCAUGUACCAGAAGCCGGUGUUGACGAGCACGGGCAAAUGCCAACUGUUCGGGACUACCAUGCAAUUACCUCAGUACCUCCCCAAGUACGAGUUCCCAAGAAGAUUGCCACACCGAUCAAAGUUGAAGGGAAGGUCUGGUUCGCCAACGAGCGAACUUGGGUAUCCUAUAUGAAUAUCGCUAUCCUCAUUGGAGCCCUAUCGCUCGCACUCUUUAAUGCCUCAAAGGAUCAGAUAGCUCGUAACUUCGCAUACACUUAUGCUUGCAUCAGUAUCGGCGUUCUUAUUUACGGUUAUGCCGUUUACCAACAUCGAAUCACCAUGAUUCGGAGACGAGAUCCAGGGCAUUUCGACCACGUCGUUGGACCCAUUAUUAUUAGCGCUCUCCUGUUCAUUGCGGUCCUGGCUAAUUUUGUCAUACGAGUACGCGAGUUAAGGCAGAAGCAGCUGCCAAUACCGGGACAGUCGUUAUUCACCAAAUGGUUGUCGUGAUAUCUACCCCCUUAUUUCACAUACGAAUAUAGGUCUGGAUUUUGCUGUCUCAAAUCCAAUUGUAUCAUGAUUCAGCGUUAUUUGACCUAACUUCUAUUCGGCUGCCUCGCAAUGGUCUGGGUCGAGCCUGGGUACAAGUGAACUUACGGCACUCUGGGAUGCUUGGGGGUGCACUAAUAAGUGUUGUGGGUCCCC